AUUAUUCUACAGAGAGGUCAUUCAGCCUCUUUGAGCCGCCGGUUGCAGCUAAGCGGAGGCGCCAUCUUAAGACUCAAGCAGACUCCGCCAGCAGUCAGGACGCAACUAUGUACCCGACUGCAUUGACGCAAAUGGCCCGGGGUAACCCGUUCAGCGCCCCCCUUUUCAGCCUCCAGAAAGUGGAAGAACCGCAGCAGAGCCUCCAUGGACAGAAGACCCGCAGACUGGCAGCAGCCGCCACCUCAGACGAGGGUGACAGUUGUGAGUUCGGCUCACAGAAGUAUUUCAUCCUAUGUGGCUUUGGUGGGAUUCUGAGCUGUGGCACCACACACACAGCUGUCGUUCCCCUUGAUCUGGUCAAAUGCAGAAUGCAGGUGGACCCAGAUAAAUAUAAGAGCAUUGGCAAAGGCUUUUCAGUGACCAUAAGGGAAGAUGGUGUCAGGGGCUUGGCAAAGGGCUGGGCUCCCACCUUCAUCGGCUACUCCAUGCAGGGACUGUGCAAGUUUGGCUUCUACGAAGUGUUCAAGGUCUUCUACAGUGAUCUGCUGGGAGAGGAGAAUUCCUAUCUGUGGAGGACAUCGCUGUACCUGGCUGCCUCUGCCAGCGCAGAGUUCUUUGCCGACAUCGCUCUGGCUCCUAUGGAGGCUGUCAAAGUUCGCGUCCAGACCCAGCCAGGCUAUGCUAACACCCUCAGACAGGCUGUUCCCAAGAUGUACGCAGAGGAGGGAAUCUGGGCGUUCUACAAGGGUGUGGUUCCCCUGUGGAUGAGACAGAUCCCCUACACAAUGAUGAAGUUUGCCUGCUUCGAGCGCACAGUCGAGUUGCUCUACAAGUUUGUUGUUCCCAAACCUCGCAGCGAGUGCAGCAAAUCUGAGCAGCUGGUGGUCACAUUUGUGGCCGGUUACAUCGCUGGUGUGUUCUGUGCCAUCGUGUCUCACCCUGCUGACUCUGUGGUGUCUGUGCUGAACAAGGAGAAGGGCAGCACUGCUGUCCAGGUCCUCAAGAGACUUGGACCCAAAGGUGUGUGGAAGGGUCUGGUUGCCCGUAUCAUCAUGAUCGGUACACUGACUGCACUGCAGUGGUUCAUCUACGACUCCGUCAAGGUGUACUUCCGCCUGCCCCGCCCUCCUCCCCCCGAGAUGCCCGAGUCCCUGAAGAAGAAGCUCGGCCUCACAGAGUAAAAAAAAAACCUCAGCCUCUCCUUCAUUCCUUUAAUUGAGCCUCAGCCUCCAGCCGACUCCUGUAUUCCCAGGUCCACCGUGCACAAACACACACACACACACACACACACAGUAGUUUUCUAUAUUUAUGUUGUCAGCGCAAACUGCUCUGCAAAGAGAGCACAUCUGCUGCUACUCCUGUAUAUUUGAGAAGAACCACAACGAUGGGGCUGUCGCUCGCGGCUUACCAAGAGUACCAACAUGGAAAUAUUGGUUUUAUCGGUUUGUCAGUAGUUAAAAAUGUGGAUAUUCUAAUAAAACAAAAUUCCCUCAAACA